AAAAGACUUUUUGUUUGGAUUGGGAACAAGAAGAUUGCAUAGACAGACAAACGAAGCUGCGAAGAGGGGACGCGAUAGAGAUGGGAAACCAUAAGCUCAAAUGGACGGAGGAGGAGGAAGAGGCGUUGCUCGCCGGCGUUCAGAAGCAUGGGCCCGGAAAGUGGAAGAAUAUUAUCAAAGAUCCUGAGUUCGCUGAUUCCCUCUGUAAUCGCUCCAACAUCGACCUCAAGGAUAAAUGGCGUAACUUGAAUGUUCCCCCUGACAUUCAAGGCUCAAUAGAUAAGGUGCGGACACCAAAAAUCAAAGCUGCAGCUUUGAAUCUAGCCGCCGUUGCAGCUGCUGCUACCAGUACUCCACCACCUUCUAGCGCGACCCCUUCUCCGGUUGCUCCCCUCCCUCGUAGUGGAUCUUCUGAUUUGAACGUUGAUGAUAGUUGGAACACUAUGGUGGAUGCAAAGAAUGCUCCCAGGUAUGAUGGGAUGAUAUUCGAAGCUCUUUCAGCGUUGACGGAUCCUAAUGGAUCUGAUGUCACUACAAUUUUCAACUUCAUCGAGGAAAAAAAACAUGAAGUGCCACCAGGUUUUAAAAGGGUCCUGGGAUCAAGAUUGAGGAGGCUUGCUGCUCAAGGCAAAAUUGAAAAGGUUAACCAGAUAAGAGCAGGAACGCAGAACUUCUAUAGGAUGUAUGGUACUAGCUUCUCGGGAAUGAGAGCGCCGGUUGUAGCGAGACCUAAAGAGGUGAAUGUGAAACCCCGGCAGACAAACAGUCAACGAGUACUCACGGUUUCGCAGAAGGAGGUUGAUCAAGCUUCAGGAACCGCAGCUUUUAAGUUCGCGGAGGUAGAAAAAAAUUUAGAAUUGGUCAAAAGAGCUGCAGAACACAAAGAAAGGAUGAUAAAACUGGCAGAACAAGCUGAUAUUAUUCUACUGCUCGCGGAAGAGUUGCACGAAGCAUGUUGUCAGGGAAACAUUGUGGAACUGAAUUGAGGUUGAUGGAAACAAAAGAAGCAAGCACAGAUUGAGUGAGUCUUAGUUUUGGUAUAUAUACUGAUAGUAAUUGGCUAUUAGCUUGCAUUCUUUUGUUUCUUAUGAUGCCAACUUAGGAGUAAUUGUUUGCACAAAUAACAUUUUACCGUUCUUUAGUUUACUAAUAAAAAAAAAGGUAGUUGAGGGUAAUUAGCCAGAAACAGAAAUGUAUUGUGUGGCUUGGAAAGUACAGUAUUAAACUCUUAUCUUUUACUUUGUGUCAUGUUUUUUUCUUUUCAAUCAAAAUCAAUUAGUAUAA